AUGGGGUUACAAAAACACUACCUCAGAUACGGACGCAGUGCGCGGGAUCACAUAUUGGGUUUGGCGGGCGGAGGGCGACGCAACACCAUUGUGAAAACCACCGGCGAUAAUGGACACAACGGCCACAAUAGCGGCCAUGGUACACAUCAUCGAUCUGAUGGUGGGGGUGGUGGCGGCGGGGAACACGGUGGUAUGCCAAAUUUAACCAGCCGCCCCACCCCGCUGUCCAUGCUAAUAUCACAAGGAGCUAAAAUCAAUAACCAUAGGCUAGCUGUGAUAAUUAUUGGAAUAGUUACAUUAAUUUUAGGUAUAUUGCUAUCAACAAUACCAUGGUUGGAUUAUUUUAUAUUAAAGAAUUUAAGGCUAUGGAAUGAUACGUUAAGUUUUCAUUACUGGCAACGACCAGGUGUCGUACGCUUAACUAAAGUUUAUAUAUAUAAUGUCACAAAUCCCGAUGGUUUCCUGCAAGGAGAGAAGCCAAGAUUGACGGAAGUGGGACCAUUUGUAUAUAGAGAAGACAUGCAGAAAGUGAAUAUCAAUUUUUACGACAAUCAAACAGUGUCAUAUCAGCACAAGAAAAUUCUGCAAUUCGUGCCCGAAUUGAGUAUAGACAAGAAUACACCGAUAGUCACACCCAAUAUUCCUCUAUUGACGCUUACUAGUCUCAGUCCAAAAUUAGGUUAUCUGCUGUCAAAGACGAUUUCCGUAGUUUUGACCGCAGCCAAGUUCAAACCUUUCAUCAACGUGACUGCCGAUCAGUUGGUGUUCGGCUACGAUGAUGCGCUCGUCAGCUUGGCACAUCGAUUUUAUCCAAAACAUAUGCGCCCAAUGGAGCGAAUGGGACUGCUUCUUGGGCGCAAUGGUACACUAACCGAAGUCUCAACAAUUAAAACUGGUCUUCAAGGAAUGGAAGAAUUUGGCUACAUAGACCGCCUGAAUGGACUCGAUCACCUGCCGCAUUGGCAUAACCCACCCUGUAAUCGUAUCACCGCCUCCGAGGGCUCAUUCUUUCCACCACGUGAUAUAACAAAAGCGGAUACAGUUUAUGUUUAUGACAAGGAUUUGUGUCGCGUCAUACCUCUACAGUACCAAAGAGGUGUGAAAAAAGAUGGUAUUGGCGCUGAUCUGUAUAUCUUACCCGAGAACAGUUAUGGCGAUUCUUCGAAUAAUCCGGAAAAUGAAUGCUUUGAUUCAAAUGAUUAUGAACCGAUAAAAGGCCUACAGAAUAUAAGCCCGUGUCAGUAUGGCGCCCCUGUCUACAUAUCAAAUCCACAUUUUUAUCAAGCCAAUGAGUCGUUGUUACAUUCGGUUGAAGGUCUCAAGCCGAAUAAAGACGAGCAUGAAACAUACUUCAAAAUACAAUCGAAAUUGGGUGUACCACUGGAAGGCAAGGUACGCAUCCAACUCAAUCUCAAAGUGACGCGAGCGAAAGACGUGUAUCCAGUUAAGGAUUUCCGAGAUUUCAUCUUCCCGGUUAUGUGGUUGGAAGAAGGUAUCUCCGAAUUAACACCCGCCAUCCGCCGUUGGAUCUACUUGGCCACCGUAUUUGCACCGAUCAUCAUACCGGUCGCCUCGUAUCUGAUGAUAUUCGGCGGCGCACUUGCCAUUGUCUUCGUCUUCGUGCGCGCAUAUCAGAAUUUCGUGUUCGCACGCGAUCCCACCUUGGAGAUACUCGAGAUGGGUCGACGCUCGCUAAGGCGUGGCAGCAGCUUCAUCGCGCAACAUCAGCACAAGUUCAUGCAUCGCGAAAGUUAUACCCUGCUAAAGACGGUGCCCGGCGACCUGCUGGACGACAAAGAGGACGCGAUACCCAUAAUGACAAACAGUUCAUAGUAUUCCUAAAAAGCACAAAAGAAAUAUGCAAUAAAAAAUGAGCGCGGUUGAGUAUUCAGCCAGACAGAUGAACGCAUCUCACGAGUGAUUGCAAAUUUCGUAUCGAAUUUAGUUUUUAAUUAGUUAGUUGUUCGUUUAAAGCUAAGUAGGUGUAAAUGAUUUAUCUCAAUGUAAAUAUGUGUAUGUGUGAUGAAAUGGCGUAAAAAUCAAAGAGCAACAACAAAAACAUAAAUAUGUGAUCUAAGUUAUUACUUUUGAACGUGUUUGUGUGGGUUACUUUUUUUUAUCGGAUAUUUUCUGUGUGAAAUGUUUGUUGUUGGUGAGCGCGUGUCAGCGGCCUUUAGUGCGUUUUAGCUCUAAUUCUCCAAAAGUAAAGAAGAAAAAAUGUAACAAAAAAUCUAGAAACUAUAAUUUAUAGUUAUAUUAAAUAUUUAUACAUAUAUUUAUGUAUGUAAUAAUAUGGUGUUUAGCUUUCUUCUUCUUCUUCCUAUAUUUGUAAUCGCCUUAUACAAAUUUGUGAAAUUCCAGGGUUAGUGGUAGAUUUAGAUUUCUAACUGUAAGUAUGUACUCAUUUCUAACAAAAUUACACUCAAAUCGAAAACAAAAUCAAUUGAUAGAAUUUGGAUUUUUCAAAUAAAGUCGACAAGAAGUUGGUUAUAGAACUCAAACGAUAAAGCAAAUUAUAAAAACAUAAUUAAAUAAAUAUUAAUUCAU